AGAUGUAUGUGACAAAAUAAGUUAGUUCAUAUAAGAACAAUAAUGUCAUGCGUGUAUUCAAUUUCAUUUAUUUUAUCAAUCAUUUCCUCUAGUUAUUCUCGCUUGCGCAGUUUUCAACACGCAAACCCAAAACAUUUAGUUGUUUGGUGUGUUGUGUGUUGUUCUCUGAAUCCGUUCUUCGUCCGUGGUCAGCUGUAGCGUAUUUAGAAAUGGUAAUAUGGGAUAAAAGUCGUUUUGGGUGUGUUUUUCAAUAGUUUUGUGUACAUUAUCGAAUUGUGAAGUGGAGACAAUGUUUAGUGAUUGUGUUUUUGUGUUGUGCUUACUUAUAGUUCUACCAUUUAUUGGAAGUGCCGAUCGACUGAACGAGUACAUCCGCCAUUAUGAAACCCUCGACUACGACACGGAACCAGUACAUAGGGCACACUCGAGGGCGAAACGUUCGCUCAUCUCCGACGAUUACGUUCACGUACAAUUCAAAGCUCACGGUCACGAUUUUCGAAUACGGUUGAAAAGAGACCUCCAAGUUUUCAACGAUAGACUCGAAGUGCACGGUCCUCAAGGAGAACCCUUAGAUGUCGAUACUUCCCAUAUUUAUCAUGGGCAUAUUUUAGGUGAAGUGGACAGCGUCGCCUUCGGGUCUGUAAUCGACGGCGUGUUCGAAGGCAAAAUAAUGUUACCAAAGAAAGGUGCUUACUACGUAGAAAAAGCGCGCCACUAUUUCCCUGAUUCCGAUCGUUACAACAGAACAUUCCACAGCGUCAUAUACCACGAAGAUGAUGUCGAAGAUCCGUACGCCCAUUUACGGGAAGGGCAUUCCGCCGGUUGCGGCAUUAACGACGACGUCAUCCAAUGGAUGAAUAAAAUACAAUAUUCGGAAACGGAAGAUUCGCCAACGGCUCCAACGACGCCAUACCAAAAACCAACAAAACACAAAAAAUACAACAAAUCGAACCGAUACAAAAAAGAUAAAUCCGAAGAAAAAUCGCCGAAUUUCGAAGACGUACUCAAUAAAUAUUCCAAAGAAGCCAAUGAACGCAGCAACACCAGACACAGAAGAGCCACCAGAAGAGACGAUACCAAAAAUACUUGCUCGUUAUACAUACAGACGGAUCCCCUUAUUUGGAGACACAUCAGGGAGGGAUUUCCCGAGCAUUUGGAUCCGAAGAAACAAUCCGAAGUCAACGAAAAAACGAAAGAAGAAAUUCUCUCCCUAAUCGCCCAUCACGUGACCGCCGUCAAUUAUAUAUACCGCGACACGAAGUUCGACGGAAAAAACGAACAUCGCAAUAUCAAAUUCGAAGUGCAAAGAAUCAAAAUCGACGACGACGCGUCUUGCAGAUGUUACCACAGGGGUUGCGGCGAAAUGAACCAGUUCUGUUUGGAAAAUAUAGACGUGAGCAAUUUCCUCAACAUCCACUCUUUGGGUAACCACGAAGACUUCUGCCUCGCCUACGUAUUCACUUACAGGGAUUUCACCGGGGGUACUUUGGGUUUGGCGUGGGUGGCUAGCGCUUCGGGCGCAUCCGGCGGCAUUUGCGAGAAAUACAAGACUUACACCGAGACCAUCGGCGGUAUGUACCAAUCGACGAAGAGGUCUUUGAACACCGGUAUCAUCACUUUCGUUAAUUAUAACAGCAGGGUACCGCCCAAGGUGUCGCAACUCACUUUGGCCCAUGAGAUCGGACACAAUUUUGGAUCGCCGCACGACUACCCGCCGGAAUGUCGACCUGGCGGGCCGAGCGGUAACUACAUAAUGUUCGCUUCAGCGACCAGCGGCGAUCGGCCGAACAACAGCAAAUUCUCCAGCUGUAGCAUAGGCAACAUCAGCAACGUCCUCGACGCCAUAGAAGACAAGAAAAAAAGAAAUUGUUUCACGGCUUCGGCCGGCGCUUUUUGCGGCAACAAAAUCGUCGAAGCCGGAGAAGAAUGCGAUUGCGGAUACGACGACAAAGAAUGCAACGACCAAUGCUGUUAUCCGAGAAUACUCAGCAUUCGAGACAAAGAAUCGAAUAGAUCGGCGGUGGGGUGUACGAGAAGAAACGGCACAGAAUGCAGUCCGAGUCAAGGACCUUGUUGUAGCAGCGAAUGCAAAUUCAUAUCCGCUUACCAUAACGAAGAAUGCAAAAUGGAAUCGGAUUGUUCGAGAUCGUCGAAAUGUAAUGGAACCAGCGCCGAAUGUCCGGCGCCGACACCUCGACCCGAUAAAACCAGAUGCAAUAACGGCACUCAAUUAUGCAUCAAAGGCGAAUGCACUGGUUCGAUUUGUUUGGAAUGGAAUUUGGAAGCGUGUUCGUUAACCACGCAAGAUCACCCUAAUAUCGAUAAGAGGAAAUUGUGCGAAUUGGCCUGUCAAAAUGGUACCGAUAUAUGCAGGAGUACCAGCGAAUUUUCCGAAAAAGUCGGAUUACCACCCGGGGGUAUCAGUCUGAGACCGGGAUCGCCUUGCGAUAACUUCCAAGGUUAUUGCGAUGUUUUCUUAAAAUGUCGCGCCGUGGACGCGGACGGACCGUUGGUACGUCUAAUGAACCUUCUCCUUAACAAGGAAACGUUAAUAAACGUCGCUCAAUGGAUAACCGAAUAUUGGUGGGCCGUGCUCUUGAUGGGUAUUGGUUUUAUCAUAUUCAUGGGGCUGUUCAUUAAAUGUUGCGCCGUACAUACGCCCUCGUCGAAUCCAAAAUUGAAAAAAGCUCAACGCAUCACCGACACAUUGAGGAGGCCCAUGAAUACUCUGCGAAGAAUGAGAUAUAAUCACGGAGGUCCUCAUAAUUCGGGAGGGGCGAAUCCUCCAUCGAAUAGAAGUCGUCGAGACCCUUCUAGUCGACCUUCAGCUAGUCAAGGACCUAGACCGGGGUACGGUGAAGGUAGGGGACAUUAUCAUGCUCCCAAAGCGUAUUCCCCACUAGCAACAGCGCCGCCUGCGCAGAAUUACGGUCGUCAGAACCAUCCUGAAUUGUACGCAGGCGCAUACGAGAUGAGAAACAAAGUCUGACAUGAAGAAAACGAGGAUGGGGAACAGCAGCAAGGUUCCCCGCCGCCCGAUUAUCCCGGUACUCCUAUCGCCGAUGUAUCGGCCUCAUUUCUGCUCGUACAUCACGCGGAAAGGGGAAACGGGGGGAAAGAUAAUGAAGCCGGGGGGAAAGAUAGUGAAGCCGGGUCGACUGUGUAGGUUCGGUACCGUUAAUUUCGAUGUUUUCGCACAAAAGCGAUUUUUUUUUCUCUCAACACUCGGUGUAUUUUCGAAUUUGAUCUAAUAUACGGGGGUUUUCGAAAAAAAAAAAAGGAAUCGCCUUCAUAACCGAAAAUAUCGAAAUGUGCAAUUCAAUGACUGUUGAUUAAAAAUUUGAAAAAUCUUUCGGCCAACGCGCUCUGUGAUCAAAUAAAAAAAAAACAAGUUACGCGGGAACUUUUUUUCAAAGUGCGCGGGAAAACUUAAAAAUUUAAAUAUAUUGAAAAUAUCCGAAUAAAGAAAAGGAAAAAAAAAACGGGUGCAUUUGUAUUGAUAGUCACCGUUAAUUUUUAAGGUUGAUUAAAUUUUUUCGAGAUUUUAAUAGCGAUUUUUUAAAUUGUUUUUUAUUAUUAGCUUCCUUCGAACGAAAGGCUGAUGAUCAACCAUAUUUCAAUCGACUAGAGAAAAUUUUAUCUUUCAAAACAUUCAUUAUUGUCCUUUAUCAACUGUCAGCUGUCACUCGGUAUUUCUAAGCAGACAUUAUCGAGAAUAUAUAAAAUUUUAUGAAUAACCAUGAGCGGAAUUGAAUGGAAAGCAUCGAAAUUGUAAACAAUGCAAAUUUGACAACGUGUGUAAUGUCAACUGUCAACUGUCAGUUGUCAUAUUUAAGGAAACAUUAUCGAGAAUAUAAACAAACAAUUUUCUCAAUAAUUAUGAGCAGAAUCGAGUGGAAAGCAUCGAAAUUGUAAACAAUACAAAUUUGAAAACGUGUGUAAUGUCAAUUGUCAGUUGUCACUCGGUAUUUAUAAGGAGAAAUUAUCGAGAAUAUAUACAAACAGUUUUCUGUAUGAUUAUGAGCAUAAUCGAUUAACACAAAUUUGACAACAUAUAUAAAAUAGCCAAAUGUCAACUGUCAGUUGUCACUCGUUAAUUAUAAGGAGACAUUAUCGAGAUUAUUUAAAAUUUUCUGAAAAAUUAUGAGCAAAAUUGAAUGAAAACCGUCGAAUUUUUGAAUAAUACAAAUUUGACAAGGUAUGACAUGUCGAAUGUCAACUGUCAGUUGUCAUUCGGUAUUUAUAAGAAGAAACAUAGACAAUUUUCUAAAUAAUUAUGAGCAAAAUUGAAUGGAAACCGUCGAAUUUUUGAAUAAUACAAAUUUGACAAGGUAUGACAUGUCGAAUGUCAACUGUCAGUUGUCACUCGGUAUUUAUAAGGAAAAACUUAGACAAUUUUCUAAAGAAUUAUGAGCAGAAUCGAAUGGAAACCGUCGAAUUUUUGAUUAAUACAAAUUUGACAAGGUAUGACAUGUCGAAUGUCAACUGUCAGUUGUCACUCGGUAUUUAUAAGGAAAAACUUAGACAAUUUUCUAAAGAAUUAUGAGCAGAAUCGAAUGGAAACCGUCGAAUUUUUGAUUAAUACAAAUUUGACAAAGUAUGACAUGUCGAAUGUCAACUGUCAGUUGUCACUCGGUAUUUAUAAGGAAAAACUUAGACAAUUUUCUAAAGAAUUAUGAGCAGAAUCGAAUGGAAACCGUCGAAUUUUUGAUUAAUACAAAUUUGACAAGGUAUGACAUGUCGAAUGUCAACUGUCAGUUGUCAUUCGGUAUUUAUAAGAAGAAACAUAGACAAUUUUCUAAAGAAUUAUGAGCAGAAUCGAAUGGAAACCGUCGAAUUUUUGAAUAAUACAAAUUUGACAAGGUAUGACAUGUCGAAUGUCAACUGUCAGUUGUCACUCGGUAUUUAUAAGGAAAAACUUAGACAAUUUUCUAAAGAAUUAUGAGCAGAAUCGAAUGGAAACCGUCGAAUUUUUGAUUAAUACAAAUUUGACAAGGUAUGACAUGUCGAAUGUCAACUGUCAGUUGUCAUUCGGUAUUUAUAAGGAAAAACUUAGACAAUUUUCUAAAGAAUUAUGAGCAGAAUCGAAUGGAAACCGUCGAAUUUUUGAAUAAUACAAAUUUGACAAGGUAUGACAUGUCGAAUGUCAACUGUCAGUUGUCACUCGUUAAUUAUAAAGACACAUUAUCGAGAUUAUUUAAAAUUUUUUGAAUAAUUAUGAACAAAAUUGAAUGGAAAGUGUCGAAAUUUUAAAUAAUACAAAUUUGACAACGUAUGACAUGUCAACUGUCAGUUGUCACUCAGUAUUUAAGAAGACACAAUAGUGAAUAUAUACAAUUUUCUAAAUAAUUAUGAGCAGAAUUGAAUGGAAACCGUCGAAUUUUUGAAUAAUACAAAUUUGACAAGGUAUGACAUGUCGAAUGUCAACUGUCAGUUGUCACUCGGUAUUCACGGAAACAUUAUCGUGAAUAAAAUCGUUAAUUAUCAAAAGGAUUCUACAAACAUCUUUUUGUACAAAAAAAGAAACGACAAAAGAAAACUAAUGUAGAAGAAAAUAUGGUAACAGUUUGGAAAUGGUGUCCACCAUAUUUUUGUUCAUAAAAGAUCGAAAAGUUGAUAAGUAUUUUUUAUUUAUACAAUAUCCAAAAAUCGUAUAUUCCAUGAUUUGUUUCCAAAAACUAUUUUUUUUUUUCGAAAAGUACAUAAAAAAACGAACUAUUUGAAAAAAAAAACAAUUGAAUAUCGUAGUUGAGAAUUAUUAAGAAUUUUGAAAAAGUUUUUAUCGCAUGAAAUAUGAAAAAAGGAAAUCCUAACCAAACCUAACCUUAAAAUUUCUAAAAAAACUCUCGUCGAUUGAAAUAUAACUUUUUUUUGGAAAAUUUAUAUAUUUUUCGUACCCGUGGAGGAAUUUGGCAGAGUUUUUUUUUGUGAAACUUUUUUUAAUUGUUAAAAUUCUGUAGAAUUCGUUCACGGUUCCUUUUAACGAAAACAUUUUAAUGUUGCAUUCGAACUGAACUCUGUCCAACUUUUAUUUUCUUUUUCUUUUCCUGGUUAAUAUGUACCGUUGAACUGUAGUGCAAUAACGUAUAAUUUAAAAAAAAAAUGAGUUGAAGAAAGAGGAAAUUAUUGGAACCGAAAUAAAAAAUACAGUGAGGGACGAAAAUUUCGGAUAUAUGAACCGAAAAAUUCAAAUUUCUUUUGGAUUGGGGUUCGGUUACUAGACCAAUUUGUAAAAUGCCACAUUGUUUUGUUUCUUAUUGAUAUUUAUGAAGAUGUUUGUACAUUAUUCGAUUUUUACUUAAACAUAUUGAUGUAAUUCCAAAUAUUUUCACUUUUGUUUUUUUUUCUCCUUAAAAAACUAUAUACGGGAUAAGAAUUUUCACCUGGAACAAUUUUUUUUGGUGGAAUUUCAUUGAUUUUAACUAAUGGGUACCUAUCAAACUUAACUUCACACCGCGUACCCACUUUUUUCCAAAUAAUACCGAGAACGUUAUAGCUGACGCCAUCUAUCGGAAAUCCUUCUAAUUUUUUCGAUUUUCGAAUCGAAUUUGAAGAAAAAAACUAAAUUUUCGCAGUAAAAAUCUUUUUUUGAUGAAAUUUCAUUGUUUUUCACUAAUUUUUACCUAUCAAAUUCAACUAUACACUCCACCUAAUCACUAUAAUAACGAAAACGUUGUAGCUAACGCCAUCUAAUAACAAUCGUUCGAACCUAUAAAUUUUCCAUCCAAAUUUAAAGAAGUAAUCAUCACAUCAACUGUCAAAAAAUAAAUUCGCUAAACACAAUGUUGCCAAAUUUAACUGAUCUUAUAUCAAAAUUUAUGUUUCUGAAUGUUUUUGAUUUUAAGUCUCUUCUGUUUCAAAAUUAGUUUUAUUCGAUAAUUUUUAAAAGAUAGAUGAAGAAUAUUAAAAAAAAAAUAAUUUUGAAACCGAAGAGACAAUAUCAAGAACAUUUAGAAACAUAAACAUAUCAGAAGAUCUAAGAAAUAUUUAAAAUAUGGCAACACAGUAAUAUUCUCCCAAUAAUAAACAUGACAGUAGUGUAAACUGUCGAAAAAUAAAAUAACUAGUGAUGUCCACUACAACAUAAACUCAUUAAAUUGAUAUAAAAUAAAAUAUUAGACAAGUAAACUAACUAGAAGGUUUAAAUAAUUAAUAUUACGGGUGAGAAGUUGAUUUUCAAUACUUUUUAAUAAAAUUUUUAUUACUAUCAUUGGAUUUAAUAUUAUCUGUGAUUAAAUCACUGUUAUAUUCCACACUCGCAUCACUACCAUUGGUUAUUCUACUUCUACGAGGGUAUUAAGAUAAAAACAUCGUUCUUUUAUUCAUUUCCGUGGAAAUUAUUAUUCUGUAUAUGGUUUUAAGAGAAAUUUAUUCGUCAUUGAAAAAUAUUUGGGUAAUAUUAGAUAAUUUGGAUUAAUAUUUUUAAUUGUGUAUUGAAAUUUUUGUAAAAAAAAAUUAGUAUUACCAUUUUUCAGAUUUACAAGGAUGUAACGAGAUAAAAGAAGGGGGUAAUCUAAUUUCUGAUUAAAAUUCUUUGUCCGAAAAAAAUUGCUAUUUUUAUAUUAACCAAAUUUUGACAUUGUCUUUGUACCAUUGUUAAAUUAUCUGAAGAUGUGAUAAAAUUAAUUUUGAUUGUUUCAAAAUAAUUGUGUCUCGAUAAAACCAAAAGAAAAAUUAUCUGUGAAGAAGUACAGACAAAAUAAUAAAUGAUUCAACUUUUAUUUAUUAAAAAAAGUUGAACGAGAUUAAUUUCAAAUUAAUUACAAUAAAUAAUCAAAAAUUCGUAUUAUAAUAUUGAUUAUUAUCCAAUUUUUAAAAAAUUACGGGUAAUUUUGUUCUUAUCUGUAUUUUCUCUUCACAGACAAAAAGACUCAAAGAUAAUCUAUAUUUGAUGCUAACCUCUGUAUUGAUAAAUAUUGUAAAAAUUAAUAUAUGUACAUAUUCGAUUAAAUAGCUGUUUUCAUA